AUGCGGAGGGAGGUGAGUGGGGAAGUGCCGGAAGACUUAGCUGAGGGCUUGGCUGUUGAAAAGCAGCAGGAGCAACAAUUGAUGAAUAAACUUGCUGCUCAAGGUCGAUUACCUGCUCGUCCUGCAUCUUCAUUCCUGCAAAAGAAACUCCAGCAGAGGAAGUUCUUUGACUCGGGUGAUUAUGCCAUGGAUAAGGAUCGUGGCAAACAAACUGCUCCUGCCGCUCGCCUACCGCAUCCGAUGGCAUCUCGACCACUACAAGAAUCGUCUUUUCCAGCAAUGAAAGCGGCUUCAAUUGCCAUUCCUGAAGCAAUUUCGCCUGACGGAGAAACUAACCUACAGAUUCCACGUCCGGAUACCGUACCACAAAGGAAGGCUUCCAUUAUAAACCCGGCGGUGCACUGCAAACUAAGUCCGAUGCCACAUGUUCAGGUUUGUGGUUCACGUUUGGUAUGA